AGUGAAGUCUGAUCAUAUGUGAGCCAUGAACCCCUAUGAACCAUGUGGGCUUUCCCUUUCGCUAACCCAUUGGGCACAGUGGAGUCUGCCGCCUGUGGUUUCAGGAUAGAGAGCCUUAGCUUCUAUGGACAAAGUUUCCCUCCCCAACAGACACUUUCCAAUACUGCCUGUCUCUCAGGGCCACACUGCCGUCCUCUACAUCCCGUGCCCAUCUCUCACCAUCCUUAUUCUCCUUCCCAGGGCAGUGCAGAAGGGCACAGGUGUCAGGCAUUUUGAGAUCAUCAGAGAAGGGCAGGGCUGCUAUCACCACGGAGUAUUAGAGCUGGAAGGGGCCCAAGGGCUCAUGCCGUCUGCUCCUUGGUUUUACCCCUCUCAUGAUACUGCUUCACAGUCACACUAGCCCUUGGUCUGGCCAGCCACAUAGCUAGCCUGGCAGCAGUAGCCUCAAAUCAAGGGGGGAGGCUGGCCUGUAAUUGUUACACUCUGUGAUGAUUAUGAAGUCAGCUCACUGCACCUGCAGACUGCCCAAACUAAAGGUGGGCCAGUGCCCCCACAGUUUCUCUCUGCUUCUGGUCAGCUGGGUUGUCCUGCAUGGUGACGGGUGUCAUCCCAAACAAACCAGAUGGCAUCAGAGGCACUCCAUCAAGUGGGAGAUGGGGAGGAGGCUGUACUGAAGAAAGAAAACUUCAACAUGAUGAAUGCCCUCGACCAACUGCCAAAACCCUUUCCAAACCCCAAGUCUAUGAACCGGACCAUCACUACCAAAGGACUCCCACUAGCCUCAAAUGGCAAUUUGGUCAACUUCUUGAAGGAAGAUACCAUCAACCUACCGAAGCCACUGCCAGUGGAGGAUUCAGAUUGCAGCUCUGAUGAGACCAGCAUCUCUGCCUUCUCAUCCACCUUGCCGAACCCUAUCAAAUUAGCUGUGACCCAGCCCAACAGCAGCUUCUUUGCAGGGAUGCUGGAGGGGGAGCUGAACAAACUCAGCUUCUCCCCAGUGGCCAAGAAUACAGAAAACGAGGACCUGGCCCUCAGCCCCUGCCCAUGCCCAUUGAAGUCCCAAAUGGCCACAAGGGGCCUGCUGGACCUUGACAACCCUGAGCUGGAGACAGAAACCUCCUCAACACACUCGGAAUCUUCUGUGGUUGUGGAGCUGCCGGACACCCCCUUCAUCUUUGAGCACACCGUCAACAAUUCCACAGCUGUGAUUUCCUGGACCUACGCCUUGGGCAAGCAGCCGGUCAGUUUCUACCAGCUCCUGUUACAGGAGGUGGCCAAGACACAGGAGAAUGAGUUGCCCGAGGCAAAGAAUCGUCCAUGGAUCUUCAACAAGAUUUUGGGCACUACUGUCAAGCUGAUGGAGCUGAAGCCUAACACGUGUUACUGCCUCAGUGUCCGUGCAGCCAACCCAGCUGGGGUGGGGAAGUGGUGCAAGCCCUACAAAUUUGCAACCCUGGCCACUGACUUCAGCAGCUUUCCGGAGAACUAUCCCAUCCAGAUCACCGUGCAGCGCAAGGAACCCCGGCGAAAGAUCGUGUCCAUCAGGCCGGAGGAGAUGCGGAGGCUGGAGGAUCUGGAAUACCUAUUUCCCUAUUAAGGGGGAGGGCCCCAGGACACCUCUCACCUACUUUCAGCUUCAACCCCAGGCCCUCAGGAACCAGAACCAUGAGACCUACCAUACCACCAGCACCAUGCGGGCCCGGGGCCUGGCAGAGUGGUAUGGGCUGGGGCCUAGGCUAGAUAGGGGCCCCAUUCACCUGGAGACAUCUCAGGCCAGGCCAUGCCAGGCUCAGCCACUGCCCACAGCUGCUGGACUCCCUCCUCCCUCAAAUCUGGGCUGGGUCCAGGUCCCUCAUUAAAGAACUGCAGGUCAUCCA